CUGACCACGUUGUGAGCCGUGGAGACGCCGUAGACUGUACCAGCUUCCAGGACUCGCCCAGAUAGCCGCGACUCUGCUCGAGACACCCACGGCCGCGAGUGACUGCUGCUAAUUUUGUUUAAAAUGGGUGUAAAGAAGAAGAGAGAAAUUCAAGUUGCUGCAUUGACUGUUCAUCAGCAGGACCUCGAAACUUUGAGAUGUUUUGCUGAUGUGGAAGGGAAGAAUUUAGCUUCUUUGCUGUUACAUUGUGUACAACUCAAGGAUGGAGUAUCACAAAUCCAUUAUAUUAAACAGAUUGUUCCUUUACUGGAGAAGGCAGAUACAAAUGGUGUGUGUGAUCCAGCUAUUCAGAGCUGUUUGGACAUUUUAGCAGGCAUUUAUUAUUCUCUGAGUCUGAAGAAUCCCUUGAAGAAAGUACUGGCAAGCUCACUAAAUGGCUUACCUGAAUCUUUUCAAACUGAGGCUAUACACAGUUUUACCUCUCAUCUUGAAGAAGAGUUGAAUACUACUGAUCUGUACUCUUACAGGAAAGUAGUUGACAAUAUAUCUUGCUGUAUGGACAAUUUUAGCUUAGGUAGAGCAAGUGUUAGUAAUCUGCUUAAAAAUGUGCUUCAUUUUCUGUGGAGGAGUUUAACUGAAACCCUGGAAGAAAAUAGAAAGUUUGCUGGAAAUCAUAUUGUUCAAACACAAUUGAUGAAUGACUUGUUGGUAGGCAUUAGAGUUUCAAUGACAUUAGUACAGAAAGUACAAGAUUUCCAGGAAAAUCUUUGGAAGGCUUCUGGUUCUCCCAUAUGGCAAAGUAUGUGUGACUUGCUGGGCGUUUUCACCAACUUUUUAAGUGAUGAUGAGCUAUUGCAGACAAUUCAGAGUACUUCUGGAUUAGCUGUUAUUCUUUUUAUUAAGACUAUGUUCCAACCAUCUGAAAAUAUUCCUAACUUGAUUAGCAGUUUACUUCUCCGCUCAGUGAACUGCGCCAUGGUCCCAGAGUGGUUGCUGAGCAGCUGCAGGAGCCUUUGUUGCGCUGACAUCCCUGCAUCAGCUCUCUUAUUCCUGUGUCAGGGGACACUUGCGAUGUUGGACUGGCAGAAUGGCAGCAUGAGCCCUCAUGGGGAGACCCUGCUCUUAGAUACUGUGCAUGUUUUGUUCUUCUUGAGUCCACAGAUUAAAGAAUCGACGCUAGAAAUGUUUUUGUCUAGAAUCUUGGCAUUGUGGACAAAUUCAGCUCUACAUAUCCUUGAAUCAAGUUCCCCAACCCUGAAGGACAGUCUGAAUGGAAAUUCAGGCAUUGUAAAGAGACUUUUGGAAUAUAUCUAUACGCACUGGGAACACCCACUGGAUGCACUCAGACACCAGACCAAAAUCAUAUUCAGAAAUCUUCUCCAAAUGCACCAGCUCACUGUGGAACGGGCAGAUGUGGUCCCUGAUCCUUUCUUUUUAGAAUUGACUAAGACCCUUCUGCACUUGGAAUGGCAUAUUAAAGGGAAGUACACAAGCCUCGGCUGUUUGGUAGAAUGCCUAGGAAUCGAACAUGUUUUGGCAAUAGAUAAUACUGUUCCAUCUCAAAUCUUAGAGGUGAUGGGGGACCAGUCAUUGGUACCUUACGCAAGUGACCUCCUGGAAACCAUGUUUAAAAAUCAUAAGAAUCACUUAAAAUCCCACACUGUUGACAGCACUUGGAUUGACCAGUGGCAUGAGACCUGGGUUUCUCCUCUCCUUUAUAUAUUGUGUGAAGGAAACUUGGAUCAAAAAUCUUAUGUGAUUGAUUAUUAUUUGCCAAAAUUACUGAAUUACAGCCCUGAAAGCUUAAGGUACAUGGUAAAGAUUCUUCAGACUUCUAUUGAUGCUAAGACUGGGUCCGGUAGUAGCAGAGGGGCUCUGGGAGCUUUGAUGGCGUGUCUGCGAGCAGCCAGAGCUCAUGGACAUCUUCAGUCUGCACCUGAUGCCUGGGAAAACCUCGUGUCCAGUGCGAGGAUAAAGCAAGGCCUAACUCAUCAGCACUGCCAAGUACGGAUAGAUACAUUAGGCUUGCUUUGUGAAAGCAGUCGAAGCACAGAAAUUGUUUCCGCAGAAGAAAUGCAGUGGAUUCAGUUCUUCAUCACGUACAAUCUUAAUAGCCAGUCUCCUGGAGUGCGGCAGCAGAUCUGUUCUCUUCUCAAAAAGUUGUUUUGUAGGAUACAGGAUAGUUCUCAGGUACUUUAUAAGUUGGAGCAAGGUAAAUCCAGACAUGAACCUGAGAAUGGCUCAACCAAAGGGCAACCUUCUGUUUCUUUACAGCAAUAUAAGAAUUUCAUGUCAUCCAUUUGCAACAGUCUUUUUGAGGCACUGUUUCCCGGAUCUUCCUACUCCACUAGGUUUUCAGCUUUAACCAUCUUAGGCUUCGUGGCGGAAGUUUUUCCUACAGUAGCAGGUGGAGUCCAAGCGGUCUAUCAGCUGAGUCAUGAUGUUGAUGCUGGUCGUUUCCAAACACUAAUAGAAUGUUUCACCAGCACUUUUGAAGAAGUGAAAACUUUAGCAUUUGAUCUGCUCAUGAAAUUAUCAGUAACAGCUAAACAAUUUCAGGAUGCUGAGAAACUACAGGAUUUAUUCCAGGCAGCUCUGGAGCUCAGCACAAGCACAAAACCAUACGACUGUGUGACAGCUUCCUACCUGCUGAACUUCUUAAUCUGGCAGGACGCUGUGCCGUCGUCCUUGGCCGCCUACCUACCCCAGAGUGGCUCACACAGUGAUGAAAACAAGCCUGCUUCUGUGGUAGAAAGGAACACAUUAAUGGUUAUCAAGUGCUUGAUAGAAAAUCUUGAGGAAGAUAUGUCUCAGGCCGAAAACUCUCUGCUUCAGGCAGCAGCAUCCUUCCCAAUGUACGGGCGUGUGCACUGUGUGACAGGAGCUCUGCAGAAGUUACCGCUAGACAGCCUGCAGCUAGUGAGUGAGUGGACACCUGUGGUGGAGAAGCUCCUGUUGAUGUCCUACCGGAUCUCCGCUGUGGUGGCUCCAGUCAUUCAGAGCUCCUCCCCCGAGGGCCUCAUCCCCAUGGACACCGACUCAGAGUCAGCAAGCCGCCUACAGGUGAUUCUCAAUGAGAUUCAGCCACGAGAUACUAAUGAUUAUUUCAACCAAGCCAAAAUACUGAAAGAAUGUGAUAGCUUUGAUUUGGAGGAUUUGAAUGUCAGCGUGUCAGAUAUUGAUCCUUUUGCAGAUAUAAAAGGUAAAGAAAAAAAAACAUGUGAUGUCACGGCGCAGAUGGUGCUGGUAUGCUGCUGGAGAAGCAUGAAGGAGGUGGCUUUACUCCUGGGCACCCUGUGCCAGCUUCUGCCCAUGCAGUCCACGCCAGAAUCUUCUGAUGGAUUACUGACAGUGGCACAGGUAAAAGAAAUAGGAGAUUACUUUAAACAACACCUUUUACAGUCCAGGCACAGAGGAGCAUUUGAACUGGCUUAUACAGGUUUUGUGAAACUCACUGAAAUACUAAACAGGUGCCCUGAUGUGAAUCUGCAAAAGCUGCCAGAGCAGUGGUUAUGGAAUGUUUUGGAGGAAAUUAAAUGCAGCGAUCCUUCAUCCAAACUCUGUGCUACAAGGCGCAGUGCUGGGAUCCCUUUCUACAUACAGGCAUUGUUGGCAUCUGAACCAAAGAAGGGCAAAAUGGAUUUGUUGAAAAUGACUAUGAAAGAGUUAAUCUUUUUGGCUGGGCCUACAGAUAGCUCGCAGAGCACAGUCCCCCAGGUCCAUGCUCUGAAUAUCCUCCGAGCGUUGUUCAGAGACACACGUCUAGGAGAAAACGUCAUUCCUUUCGUUGCAGAUGGAGCCAAGGCUGCAAUUCUGGGCUUUACCUCACCAGUCUGGGCAGUGCGAAAUUCAUCCACACUUCUCUUUAGUUCCUUGAUCACAAGAAUUUUUGGAGUUAAACGGGGAAAGGAUGAACAUUCCAAAACAAAUAGAAUGACAGGCAGAGAGUUUUUCUCAAGAUUCCCGGAACUCUAUCCUUUUCUUCUCAAACAGUUGGAAGCUGUAGCUGAUACAGUAGACAGUGCUAUGGGAGAACCAGAUCGUCAUCCAAGCAUGUUCCUCUUGCUUCUGGUCUUGGAGAGACUCUACCCUUCCCCGAUGGAUGGCGCCUCUUCUGCUCUGAGCAUGGCACCUUUUGUUCCCUUCAUUAUGAGGUGUGGUCGCUCCCGUAUCUACCGCUCCCGGGAAAUGGCAGCCCGUGCUUUGGUCCCACUUGUUAUGAUAGACCAGGUUCCCAGUACAAUCCGAGCCCUGCUGGGUACACUCCCCAGCUGUACUGACCAGCGUUUCCGGCAAAACCACAUUCAUGGGACCCUUCUCCAGGUGUCUCAUUUGCUGCAAGCCUACGCAGACUCCAAACACAAGAUGGACUCAGACUUUCAGCAGGAGCUGACUGACAUCACUGUUUGUACCAAAGCCAAGCUCUGGCUGGCCAAGAGGCAAAAUCCAUGUUUGGUGACCAGAGCUGUAUAUAUUGACAUUCUCUUCCUGCUGACUUACUGCCUCAACAAACCCACAAAGGGCAGCCAGCCAGUUCUGGAGAAACUCGGCUUCUGGGAGGAAGUUGCAGAGAUUGUCUCAGGAUCAGAGCUGAUAACAGGACUUCCCCAUACCUUUAAGGUGCCGGGCCUGCCCCAGUACCUCCAGAGCCUCACCAAACUAGCCAUCGCUGCAGAGAGGGCAGCGCUGACCAGGGCCGGAGAGCAGACGAGGCAUGCGCCAGUCACCUUGGCGCAGCUGCUGAGCUCUCCCUUUCCCGAAGUGCGCUUGCUCGCCCUAGAAGCCCUGUUGGAAAGGCUCAGAGCAGGAGCCCCUGGAUCACUGAGCAGCAUGGGCGAGGAUCUUCUGCUGCUGGCCAUGCAGGAAAGCCACCCGGAGUGUCUCUGCAAGAUACUGAAGGUUCUACACAGCAUGGACUCCAAUGAAUGGCUUCCGCUCACAGAGCGCUGCACCCAUCUCACUCCCAAUGAGUUUUUGACCUGGACAAUGGAUAUUGCUGCCAAUGACAGAUCUGAAAUCCAGGGUGUGGCUCUGAGACUCACCUCCAAACUGAUUGCCCACCACAUGGAAACACAUGAGGAGAUCUGGGACUCGCUAGCCCCCCAGCUGAAGCGGUGGGUGCAGCUGGUCAUCUUGUCCUGCGGAGACUGUCUUCCCACGGAGUCUAGGCUGACCGCUGCUGAGAUCCUCACCAGCACUGCACCACUGGUCCUCACCAACCCCUGUCCAGUUCUCGAGUUGCAGGACAUGCUUGCUCUAUGGAAAUGUGUCCUCAUCCUCCUACAGAGUGAAGAACAAGCUGUACGAGAUGCAGCCACACAAGCCGUGACAAUAGCACUGUCACAGGAAAACACCUACCAGUCAACAGAAUUUGCCUUCUGCCAAGUGGAUGCCUCCAUUGCACUGGCCCUAGCAGUGGCUGUCCUGUGUGACCUGCUCCAGCAGUGGGACCAACUGGACGCUGGAGUGCCCGUCCUGCUGCGGUGGCUAUUGGGAGAAGGCGAUGACCUUGUGGUCAGUGCAGAGAGCGCACAUCAGGGAGAUGAGGACUACCUGUUUGAGAAAGCAGAAGUCAACUUCUGGGCGGAGACCCUGACCUUCGUGAAGCACCUCUACAGCCAACUCCUGCAGCUCCUCUGCAGGUCAGGCUGGCGGCCCCCCAGCGCUGAGAGCCUUGGCGACCUGCGCAGGGCUGCGUCAGAGCAGCAGCUCCUCCUCUCUCAGCUCCUCAGGGAGCUCCCACCCACUCCUGAGUUUCUGAAGACGGCGGAGUUCACAAGACUGCGCGUUCAGGAGGAACGGACUUUGGCUGGCUUGAGGCUGCUGGCCUUUCUGGAGGGCAAAGAAGAGGAGGCCCCCAGUCCUCAGCUCCUCGGCCUCGCAGGAGCAACUCGUUUAACUCUCCAGACACCUGAAGCACCGUGCUGAGGAAGGGCUCUGGGGCUGGGGUGGGGCAGAGUGAGCUGUUAUGCUGCUCAAUCUGCAAGGAACGUGUCAAACAUAAAUUAAAAAUUUUUUUCUCUUGUGCCUGCCCGUCUACCUUGAGCCCAGGCUCUUGUCACUUCCUAUGGAAGAAUUUUUCUUCAUUUCUUUCAUUCAAGGCAGCCAGGUUUAUUGCAGCUACUGUAGGAAGUGAGGCUACCAUUGGAUACUCUGUCCCCAGGUGCAGGCCACCUGCAGCCUGAACUACCUUUUCUGCCCAGCAUUUUCUGUGAAUUGACUACACAGAAUUGCAUUUUAACACCCCCCUCCUUUUUUUUAAAGCUAUACAGAGAGACUGGAUUAGUUGGCAAACAGCCUAUUUGGUUAGAUUUUAAAAUUUUACUACAUUUUUGCAAAGCAGAAAUAUGUUCCAAAUGUUGGAUCCUGGAGAAUUAAGGAUCAACCUCAUGCAAAUUAUUUUUAUUGUCUGCAUCUGUGAGUCCUGCGGUGGCUGACACAUUCCAUCCUAAUUAUUAAAAGCUCCGUGGAGAGUUGUUUCUAUGUCUUUCAAAAAAAUACUUGCUAGGGGUUGGGAGACAGCUCAGUGGUCUAAGCACCUGC